CCGGGAGGCCGGAGCCCGGCCGGCGGGCAGAGCCCAGCCUGGCAGCGGCGAGGGGUGUUCCAGGCUGACGCCCUCUGAGCCCCUCCCCGGCCGCAGCCUUUCCCCCACAUUCACUUCUCGGGGGGCUCUGGCUCCCUUUCCACUGCCCAGCUCCAGCUCCUGGUCAGAGGGACUGCACCGACCCGCCAUCUCAGCAAGGGGGCUCCAGAGACAUUGGCCAGCAAGGGCACCGGCCCGAGGAUCUGGACAGCUCCUCUGGGGAUGUCCAGAACCUGGAGAGGAGAUGUCCUCCUGGCUGGGGCCUCCCGGGCCUGAUAUCCCUCCCGAUUCCAUAGCCGAGCUGUGGAAGGCGGAAGCCCAGGAUGCCAAGCACCUGUGGGAGACUCAAGAUGUGGUGGACAGCCUGGGAAAGGCUGGGAGCAACUGCAUCCUCGGGGAGGAAGCCAGGCCUUCCCAUCCCACUGGGGGAGGCUCAGAGGUGGGGCAGGAGGCAGGACCAGCAUCUGUCCUGUUCUCUUGCUCAGAGGUUCAUCUGGAGUCCACGGAUCGGCGGCCGCUGAAGAGGAAAAAGGGGCCGGCGCCCAAGAUGCUGGGGAACGAGGUGUGCAGUGUGUGCGGAGACAAGGCUUCUGGCUUCCACUACAACGUCCUGAGCUGCGAGGGGUGCAAAGGCUUCUUCCGCCGCAGCGUGAUCAAGGGCGCCCACUACACCUGCCACAGCGGCGGCCACUGCCCCAUGGACACCUACAUGCGCCGCAAGUGCCAGGAAUGCCGCCUGCGCAAGUGCCGCCAGGCGGGCAUGCGGGAGCAGUGUGUCCUGUCCGAGGAACAGAUCCGCCUGAAGAAACUGAAGCGGCAGGAGGAAGAGCAGGGCCAGGCCUCGGGGCCGCCCCAGCGGGCCCCCUCACCGCCCCUGGCCCUGCCUCAGCUCAGCCCCGAGCAGCGGGGCAUGAUCGAGAAGCUGGUGGCGGCCCAGCAGCAGUGCAACCAGCGCUCCUUCUCGGACCGCCUGCGGGUCACGCCCUGGCCUCUGGCCCCGGACCCACAGAGCCGCGAGGCCAGGCAGCAGCGCUUCGCCCACUUCACGGAGCUGGCCAUCGUGUCCGUACAGGAGAUCGUGGACUUUGCUAAACAGCUGCCCGGCUUCCUGCAGCUCAGCAGGGAGGACCAGAUCGCCCUGCUGAAGACCUCCACCAUUGAGGUGAUGCUCCUGGAGACGUCCCGGAGGUACAAUCCUGGCAAUGAGAGUAUCACCUUCCUGAAGGACUUCAGCUAUAACCGGGAGGAUUUUGCCAAAGCAGGGUUGCAGGUGGAAUUCAUCAACCCGAUCUUUGAAUUCUCUCGAGCCAUGAAUGAGCUACAGCUCAAUGAUGCUGAGUUUGCCCUGCUCAUCGCCAUCAGCAUCUUUUCUGCAGACAGGCCCAAUGUACAGGACCAGCUUCAGGUGGAGAGGCUGCAGCACACAUACGUGGAGGCCCUGCAUGCCUACGUCUCCAUCCACCAUCCAAAUGACCCCCUGAUGUUCCCACGGAUGCUGAUGAAGCUGGUGAGCCUCCGGACCCUGAGCAGCGUCCACUCGGAGCAAGUGUUUGCCCUCCGCUUGCAGGACAAAAAGCUGCCUCCCCUGCUCUCAGAGAUUUGGGAUGUGCAUGAAUGAUCCUCUUCCCGGCCUCCUGUUGGCUGGGGCACAGGAUGAGCCUUGGCCUCCAUCUGGGCUGCUGCUUCGGGUGGUGGUCUAGCUCGUGGGUGUGGGGGAAGGUCCCAGAAUGAGGACGGAUGGACAUCUCUUUGGGUUGGCGUAAUGGUAGAGAUCCAAAAUGGGGCAUUAAAAGAGAGUCGAUGGGUUGGCGUUCUCUGACUGUUAGAGGACGGGGGUCUCACCAAGUGUUUCCACCCCAGAGGGACACAGUCUUUCCAGAUACAAAUGAGCAGCCUGGGAUGCCUGCUUUGCACAGGGCUUUCCAGGGCCCACUCCCACUGCUUCCUGCCUUCCUUGCACUGGUUCCAUAAGACAGUCUGUGUAUCCUUCUGUGCCUUGCUGAUAAAAUGCCCCUGGCAUGAUCUGCAUCAUCUCACAUCCCUGACUGACGGGGCAUCCUUUCACCAGAAUGACUCACACCAAUGGCAAACAGAGACUAAAGGGUCCCAGUUUCUGAAGGAGUGGGGAGACCUGUGGAAGAGGGUCAAACCAAAAAAAACCUCUGUGUAGGGCAGCUGGAAAUGCUGUUUGUGUGUGCUCUGGUGGCUUCUUCUCCCCUUCCAUCCUAGAUGAUGUCUAUGACCUUUUUGGAGCCCAGCAUCCAUCCUGGGUUCUAUCUGUACGGGCAGGCAGACACCAGGGGACCCUGGCCUUGCCCUUUUUGUUGGGAUUAUCUGGAUCAUAUCCGGAAUGACCAGGUUCAAUGGCCAGAUAGGUGGCCUUUCGGGGGAUCAAGGCUCUCCCUCAAUGGGGGGAGGGAGGUCUGUGCCCUUUUUCUAUCAAGAAUGGCCAUAGGAUUAAAAAAAAGUCAUUGGGUCAGAACUUUGGGGCUAGAAGAGAUCUUUAGAAGUCAGCGGGCCAGGAGGCAGUGGUGACCGACUCAAGGUGCCAUAGCAGCGGAGCUGGGAUUCGAACUCUUUGGCUCAGGAGUCCUUUACAUUCUUGCUCCCUAGCCAGGAGUCACCACCACCAGCCUAUCCCGCCAGGGGGUCUCCUUUUGCCUAAGCCGGACUUCGCGUCCCGGCAUGCACCGCGGGCCUCUGCCCAUGACGCCACGAGCAUUUCGCUCCCUGCCCCUCCCUACCUUGGUGUGUGCAUCCUGCUUAUGAAGUGCCAGCUUGCGGCGGUCCUUCCCUGCAUCCCUCCUCUUCUUCCCUCUCCCCCCCCGCUGCGGCAAGAGUGGUAUGUUCCACACUCUCCCUUCGGGAGCCGCAGCACCUGGGCAUCUCCCAAACCGUGACGGGAGCGGGGGGAGAAGGUUGGGAAAGAGGUGGGGACGGUAGUACGGGAUACCGACUAGCGCAGUCACUCGUUUGUUCUGAGAAGCAGCUUCCAAGUAUAUCAAAUCUUCUCCCUCAAAAUGGACGAUUGCCAACAUUUAUAAUUAAAAGCGAUUUGCACAGUAAAAA